AUGAUUUCUAAUGAGGUACCAGAGCAUCCAGUAAUAUCUCCUGUCUCUGGAUCAAUAUUUGAAAGACGUCUCAUAGAAAAAUAUGUGACUGAAAAUGGAGUCGAUCCUAUUAAUGGCAAAGAACUCAGUAUUGAUCAACUCAUUGAUAUUAAAGCAACUCCAAUUGUCAAGCCCAAACCACCUAGUGCAACUUCUAUUCCAGCGAUAUUAAAAAUUAUGCAAGAUGAAUGGGAUGCUGUUAUGUUACAUUCAUUUACAUUACGACAGCAACUUCAGACUGCGAGACAAGAACUAUCUCAUGCUUUAUAUCAACAUGAUGCAGCUUGCCGUGUGAUCGCUAGAUUGACUAAAGAAGUUACUGCUGCUAGAGAGGCUCUUGCCACUCUUAAGCCACAAGCUGGAAUUGUCCAGGCCACUACAAUCCCACAACCUGUAC